AUGGCCGCCACCCUGCUCUGGGGCCCCUUCCCCGCCACCCACGGCCAAGCCAAGGGAGAGGUUCCCAGUGUGUACUCCGGGGGGCCCGGGGACCAGAGCGAGUCACCGCUUGCCCUGAGUGUCCCAAAGCCCAGCGCGGGAAGCUUGCCACCGUGUGUCCAGCAGGCACCCCAGGGCUCUCCACGCCGACGGCAACUACGAGCCAUCGAGCCAGACUGGAGCCAGGCCUGGGUGUCCGCCGGCUCGCAGUGGUCACUGUGCGGCGUGCGGGAGCCGCAAGUCCAGAGCCAGCCAGUGCUGCCCGGAGCGCCCCGGCCCUGUGCGGAGACCCCGCGCCGCGGGGCUGCAGCUGACCAGCAGCCGGCAGCUCCCACCAGGACGUCUCCCGACAACCCAGCCAGCACAUCCCGGUCACACAGCGUGCAAGUGAACCCCCAGAAUACACUGACGCAGCGUGGCCGAGCUGUGGAAACCCCCUUUAGGAGGAAUCGCACCAGGGAACGGGGCGCCUCUGACCCACCCCCAACUUCUGCAGCCUCCCGCGGGCCGGGGGCCCCGUCUGCACGCGCCCUCAUACCCGUGUGGCCCAGGAAGACCGUGUCUAAAAGAGACGCCCCUCUAACUCGGCGGCCGUAUGGAGAGCGCACGAGAGAGGCUCAGGGAGCCGCAGAGAACACAGUGGUUUUUCAGAAAUGUGCGGUGGUGUCCGGGCCCCAGGGCGCGCAGACGGCGCAGGUCCAGCUGCUCGUGAACAACACCCGGACGCCUGCCGCGACCGCCCUCUCCGACCUGCUCCUGCUGGACAACAUCACCGGGCUCCACGUCGGGGGGUGGCCGGGAAACCGGACGGCGGACGGGCUCCAGGCGUUCAGCAGGCAGUUUCUGCAAGUGGGAGACGCCCUCCUGAUCAGCUACACAGCCUCGCUGGACGCCAGAGGCCUGGGCAGCGGCGCCGUCCUCACGCUUCCAGCCCGGCUCUCCUUCAGCACUUCGACCAAGAACAGAACACAGCUGGAGGCGCCUUUCACCCUCACAGUAGAAGAAAAGCUACAGGUGCUGCCCGACCACGGCCUUCACGCCGCGGCCUUCUUCUCGGCCUUCCUGGGCUCCCUGGCGCUGGCCUGCCUGGCUCUCUUCGUGCUGCGCUGUCGGUGCUGGGCGGGGGCCGUGCUCAGCCGACGCCAGGUUCAGCAUCAUGAGAACAAGCUGGAGCACUCCCAGUUCACCUCAGCCGACGGUGUGAACGAGGACCUCGCUCUCGACGACCAGAUGAUCAACAUCCUGUGUUCGGAGGACCCGGAGAGCAUGCUUCAGGCCUUGGAAGAGCUGGAGGUCGCCACGCUGAACCGGGCGGACUCGGACCUGGAGGCUCGCCGGGCGCAGAUCAGCAAAGACGUCGUGGCCCUGCUGCUGAGGAGCCUGAGCGGCCGCGGCCACCUCGCCCCGCAGGCCGAGAGGAGGAUGGCGGCCGUUUUCAAGAAGCAGUUUCUGUUGCUGGAGAAGGAAGUACAGGAGGAAUAUGACCGGAAGAUGGUGGCCGUGACGGCGGAGUGUGACCUGGACAUGCGGAAGAAGACGGAGCGCCAGCACCAGCGGGAGAUGGCCGCCAUGGAGGAGGCGGAGGAGCUGCUGAAGCGCAGCGGCGACAGGUCCGCGGCCCAGUGCAGCAGCCUCCUGCGGACCCUGCACAGCCUGGAGCGGGAGCAGCUGCACCGGUCCCUCGCCCUGCAGCAGGAGGAGGACGUGGCCAGGGCCCGCCGGCAGCUGGCUGUGUUCCAGAGGAACGAGCUGCACGGCCUGUUUUUCACCCAGAUCAGAGGCGCCAUCUCCAAAGGGGAGCUGCAGCCGGAGGCAGCCAAGGGGCUGCUGCAAGAGUAUGCCCGGACUCAGGAGGAUGUGGAGGAGCUAAUGGACUUCUUGCAAGCGAGCAAGAGGUUCCACCUGAGUAAGAGGUUCGGCCACAGGGAAUACCUGGUGCAGAGCCUGCGGUCCUCGGACACCCGCGUGCAGGGCCUCCUGGAGGCCGCCGCCGCCCAGCUGAGCGCGCUCAUCCAGAAGCACGAGAGGAAGCUCUGCGCCUCGCCCCUCUCCCUGUCCGAGGAGGAGUCGCUCCGGGCGCAGCAGGAGGUUCAUGGCUGCUUCGCCCAGAUGGACAGGAGCUUGGCCCUCCCCAGAAUCCGGGCCCAGGUCCUGCUGCAGCAGUGUCAGACGGCGUGGCGGGAGGCGGAGUGUCUGCGGCUGGACGAGGCCCUGGCGGCCCCCGAACAGCAGCACCCACCCAAGGCGAGAAAGUCGCGCUCCAAGAGCAAGAUCGGCCUUUUGAAGAAGAGCCUGGAGGACAAAAUUCAGCUCUUCGAGGAGCAGGCCCCUGACGACCUGCUGGAAAAGGUCCGAGGAGAGCUGCGCGGGGAGAGGGUGCGGCAGCUGGAGGCCCAGGAGGCGCGCUUCGUGGGGUCCCUGGUGUCGCUGCAGUUCCAGAAGGCGGCCAGGAUGGCCAGGACGCUGCGGGCCUACGCCGCCCUCCUGAGCACCCAGGACCUGCUGCUGGAGGGGCUGAGCGCGUCCGAGACGCUGACCAAGGCGGCCUGCGCCCAGAUCCUGGGGUCGCACGGCCCGGAGCUCCAGGAGCUGGAGAGGAAGCUGGAGGACAAGCUGGCACACCAGGAGGCGGCCUGGCGGCUGCAGGCCCCACACAGCGGGCAGCAGUGGGCAGGCGAUGGGUCCCAGCUGCUGACCGAGCCUGACGCCGGGGACUCAGACGGGCAGGUGUCCGCGGUCCUGCAGCGGGCCCUGAGCCUGGCACAGAGGUGCCUGAGGCAGUACCAGCAGGGGUAAGUGACCCAUGCGCGGGGGCUGGCCUCUCCGUGUGCCCACUUCCCGAGCCUCUCCGUGUGCCCACUUCCCGGGCCUCUCCGUGUGCCCACUUCUGGGCCUCCCCGUGUGCCCACUUCCCAGGCCUCCCCUUGUGCCCACUUCUGGGCCUCUCCGUGUGCCCACUUCCCGGGCCUCCCCGUGUGCCCACUUCCCG